GCAGCAGCCAUCGCAUGUUCGGGAGAUCGUUCGGAGGUGGUCACAACACGUUUCACUCGUCUCUAGCACUCGAUCGCGACUCCUUUCUGGAAUCUUCGCUCAAUGAAGAAGUCACAGAGCGACAACGAGGACCUAGUGCAACGCGUACUCGGGGCAUCCGGCGAGGAAGGCAAAGAGACUCUGCCACGCGAGACUGUGGAGGUGUUAUCAGAGACGCUAUCCGAAAGCAAGUCCUCGGUCGAAGACUUUUUGGUCGCCCCGGAUUUCGGGCCUCCAGAGAUGCCUUCAACUUCGGCAGAGCACGAGGCACAGUUGCUUCACAACUGCGUGAUGAAGAAAACUGCGAGGACGAAGAAAUGACUGAAGGUGGAAGUACAACUAUUCGCGCCAGCACAGAAGUGGCAAGAGAUGAUCAUACAGGUCUUCGUCUUCCCCAAACACCAGCUGCAGGAGUCACUUCCUCAUCG